GGGCCAUUAAGGUUCUUUUUUAUUCUUUCUUCCCUUCCACCACAUACACGCCCAUAGUCCCUUCCACCACACCACCACAAGUAACACCUACUAUGCUCCGAAUCUCCAGCGUUCUUUAUCUGCAACAAGUGUGGGAACGUACAUGUGUUGAAACGCCUGUUGAUCAGGAUGGACCACAACAGCUCAAUGAGCCUCAGCAGCAACCGCAAGAAGCAGAUCUAGCCGUUGCAACAACACUGCUGACUGUUCCAGAACAUCUUCCAUCAUCAUCUACAAGCGUGUCACGUUCUUCGUCUGUCUCUGCACCGUCAAUAUCACCCAGCAGCAAGAAACAAACCACCACUACCACCACUACCACUACCACUGCAGCAGCAGCGGCAACAGCAGCAACAGAAGCACCAGAAGUAGUAGAAGGACCUGUUCCUCAACCGACAAACAGUAGUAGCAGCACAUCAAGUGUGAAACGUUCAGGCACCAUGUCGUCGAUUGCAGCAAGUAUUGCAUCCGAAACACGAAAAUUGACAGCGCAGGUCCUUAAGCGUAGCAACAACAACAGCAGCAACCAGGUGCCCACACCUCCUCCGCGUCCGCCGCCUGUUGUGCCACCCAAAGAUAAUGUAACGAAAUCAAAAAAGAAACAACUCUACGAUGACGAUGAUAGUGCUAUCGGCGGGACUGAUGGCGGAUCUGUCGUUGUCUAUCGUCAAGCAGAUGCUGCUUCUGCUGCUGCUGAUGAUGUUGUUGUUAGCGAUAAAGCACAAGAUAAUACUGGUGCUGCAGCCUCAACAUCACCCGACACCGCCAUUCCUACAACGGCUAAUGCUGCUACGAGUGGUGCUAACAGCGGAGGCGACAGCGGCGUUGCUGCAUCUGACACUGCUGCACCACAGGAAACAGCAGCAGCAGCAGCAGCAGCAGCAGCAGGACGUCGCACCACUCAUUACCAUCUUUACUACGAUGACGACGACAAGCAAUCGCAGCAGCAUCAGCAACCGCAGGAGGAGCAUCAUAAGGCUACUACCAGCACCAAAGAAGAUGAAGAUGAACUGCUGGCCACCACGCCAGUCAACGAUGACUCAUCCGGUGGCACCCCGUCCAUGCCACCCACGCCCACAUCUAUCCAGCAACAGGAGCAGCAAAAGAAGGAGCCAUCAAUCAAGAGCCUGCGUCGUGAAGCAUCACGGCUAUCGAUGAAACGCAAGAAUCUGACCAAGAAAUUGAAAAAGGCAAUGUCGUUCCAAAAGUCAAAGAAAAAUGCCACGACACCAGCAGCAACCGAAGCAGUAUGAAGUGUGGGUCGUCCUUUUCUUACUUUAACAUAGCCCCACCUACUCCAUAACUACUUGUACACCGACGACCCCAUUAACAUACACACUCUCUCUAACCCCUUCUUUUCUUUUUCACACUCAUCUUAUUAUUAUUAUUAUUAUUAU